AUGCUGAAUGAAUCAUUAGAGAACAAUGUUAGUCAACAAACAACAUAUUCAUUGAACAGUUCCAUUGAAAUCAGAUUCGAUGUAAAUAAUGAAAAAGAAAUUAAUAAUGAAUGUUUACGUGUUCAUGAAAACUUACAUCUCAAUGAAACGAAUAAUAACAAUACUGCUGGUGAUGAUACACUUUCAUCAUCAAUAUCUUAUCAACAACAUUCACAAUCAUCAAUAAUAAUCAAUGCUUCACCUGAUAAUCGUUCAAACACAUCUGAAAGCCAUAUAUCUACUAGUAUUCAAUCAAAUAGGUCCAUCAUCAGUUCAGAUUUUGACGAUUUUGUUAUAGAACUUCCAACAUCAUGCGAAUUCAAACUUCAGCCUGUUGAUCGUGUUAAAUUAUUGAAAAUACGCACUGAGAAAAUCAAUAAACGUCGAGCUCGACUCUUUGAAAAAAUGGGUGUAACUUUAGAAGAAAAAACAAUUCGUCCUAAAAAAAUCUUUUUAUCAAAACAAAAUAGACCAAUGAAUAAAAUGAUUGACAAUAGUUCUCAUGAUACAGGUAUUUAUUUGACUUGA